GCCCUCGGAUGCGCGGCGCCCAUGGAGCCGCGUCUCGCCGCGGCGGGCAGCCCGGAGCUGCGGGCCGCCUCGCGCUGCGUGCCUCACGAGGUGCAUCUCGUUCUCCAGGUCUUCUGGGAGUACGUCGCAGGCGAAGGACUUCGGCGUCAGGUCCAGGUCCUUAGCACAGCGGAGAGCAGCGCCAGCAGCCCCACCACGAAGCAGCAGGGCACGCCCGUCGCGAGCAGAUGAGGCUGAUCUGCCAUGUCGGCAUGUCGCCCUCCAGCCGCCCCACCAGCCAGACCGAACCUGUGACGCCCGUCGCCACCACCAGCAUCGCGAGGCCCAUGACGCAUGACCAGACGCGCAUCGGGCGGGCACGGGGCGGCCGGCGCCCGCCCACUAUAGAGCGGAGUCGCCGAGGUGUGCCCCGCUGGGAAGCCUCGGGCCCAGACAGACAGAAAGCUCGGCCUCGGGCUGGCCCUCAGAGAAGCCGUGGAGUCGGCGCUCGGGAAAGCGGGCCGCAUCGCUGGCCGGCCGCCGCCAGCACAACCACCGCCGCGCGAUGCAGCCCCGUCACCGUCGGCGCCUGCGCCGUCAUCGCUGCCGCCAUGACCAGCGGCGAAGCCCAGACCUGUGCCGGCCUGAUUUGUUCGAUCCUGGCGUCCGUCUUCCAAGCAGGCGGGGCCAACGUCGGGACAAGUUCG